GACGAGCCUUUGCUGUCUAUAUUCGCCUUAUUUACUUAUUUAUUUAUUUUAUUUGGCUGCCGGUUUGUAAGAUCGCUUGUGUCCUCUCGGUUGCCUGGCAACGCGCGUGGCAGUGGGCGCUCCUGACCUUGCGUCCGCGACCGCGCACAGCGCGCGCGCUUAAAAUAGACCCGGGUAGAUUGACGUUAAUUGAAAAUAAGAAAAACGCAAGAGGAGCCGAGCGCCGUUCACACGGCUCGACGAGGGGAAAAUGGGAUAUGUUGGAUGGUGGGAACGAUGAGAUAUGAGAUUAUUACAGUGCACGCUCGGAUGCGAUACCGGCUGAGCGAUUCGGCAGGUUUGUGCUGAAAGGAUCUGUGUGCUGGAAAAAUGAACAGCAUCACCUGCUGAAAUCAUCAACCAAUAUGGAGCACUUGAUAGUGCACACCUGGCUGCGGUCAUGCCCACUGGAUCUUCCUGAGUGUGUGGCACAUGUUUGAUUUUGAACGCUAGAGUGUGAUUGUGUCAAAGCAGAGAGUGUCAUUGAGCUACUGACAGAUUUCUCAGUGUGAACGUGUGUGUGCUGUUAAGAAGGGACCAUGUGGUACACACAGUCAGCAACUUACCUGCCGCUUACCCACCUGCUCUGCCGACCUCUGAACUUUGCUCUGUGUUGGCUGCUUGUGUGGUCAGUCUCCAUGGCAACAGCACUGACCUACCAGCCCACAGUAAACACAGCACUUGGCAGGCUAAGGGGGAUGCGGGUUGCUGUGGCAACAGAGGGUCUGGGCCCUGUGGAUCAGUACCUGGGUGUGCCUUACGCUGCCCCACCUGUAGAAGAGAAGCGCUUCAUGCCACCCGAUGCUCCAUCGGCCUGGUCCGGCGUACGGAACGCCACCCGCUUCUCUCCUGUCUGCCCACAGACCAUCCACAACUCAGUGCCCGACAUCAUGAUGCCUGUCUGGGCCACAUACAACCUUGACACAGUUGCUACAUACAUGCAGGAGCAGAGUGAGGACUGUCUGUACCUGAAUAUAUACGUACCCACACAAAGUGGCACAAAGAGAACGGGCGACAUGUCAGCUGACCCAGAGCGUUCAGAGGAUGAUGGGCUUAGGGAUUCUCGAGAUGACCCGCGUCCUGUGAUGCUGUUUAUUCAUGGUGGAUCGUACAUGGAGGGCACGGGGAACAUUAUGGACGGUAGUGUGCUGGCCAGCUACGGCAAUGUCAUUGUCAUAACCCUCAACUACAGGGUGGGAAUAUUAGGAUUUUUAAGCACAGGUGACCAGGCCGCUAAAGGGAAUUAUGGUCUCUUGGACCAGAUUCAAGCUCUUCGCUGGAUCAACAAGAAUAUUGGAUAUUUCGGUGGUGAUCCGGGCCGCGUGACCGUGUUUGGCUCAGGAAUCGGAGCGUCCUGUGUCAGUUUGCUCACUCUUUCACACCAUUCUGAAGGUCUGUUUCACAGAGCAAUCAUUCAGAGCGGCUCAGCACUGUCCAGUUGGUCAGUGAACUAUCAACCUGUGAAAUACACACGUCUCCUCGCAGAGCGCGUUGGCUGUAAUGUCCUUGACACACAAGAUCUGGUCCUCUGCAUGCAGAAGCGUAGCUACAGGGAGCUGGUGGAGCAGGAAAUUCAGCCAGCACGCUUCCAUGUGGCCUUUGGCCCUGUCAUUGACGGUGACCUCAUCCCAGAUGACCCAGAAGUGCUCAUGGAGCAGGGGGAGUUCCUCAACUAUGACAUCAUGUUGGGCGUUAACCAGGGAGAGGGAUUCCGGUUUGUAGAAGGCGUGGUGGAACCAGAAGAGGGCGGAGUUUCUGGCUCCGAUUUUGACUUUACGGUAUCAGAUUUUGUAGACGGUCUUUAUGGUUAUCCAGAAGGGAAGGACACUCUCAGAGAGACCAUAAAGUUCAUGUACACAGACUGGGCUGAUCGAGACAAUCCCGAAACUCGUCGUAAAACCCUCGUGGCCAUGUUUACGGAUCACCAGUGGGUGGAGCCAGCUGUGGUGACAGCCGACCUGCACGCACGUUACGGUUCUCCAACUUUCUUCUAUGCAUUCUACCAUCACUGCCAGAGCCCCAUGAAGCCUCCAUGGGCGGACGCCGCGCACGGCGAUGAGCUGCCCUAUGUGUUUGGUGUUCCGCUUAUUGGUCCAACGGAACUCUUCCCCUGCAACUUCUCCCGUAAUGACAUCAUGCUGAGUGCUGUCGUCAUGACCUACUGGACCAACUUUGCAAAGACCGGGGAUCCGAACAAGCCAGUUCCUCAGGACACUAAGUUCAUCCACACAAAGGCAAACCGUUUUGAAGAAGUGACAUGGGCCAAGUACAGUCCUCAUGACCAGCUAUAUCUGCAUAUUGGGCUGAAGCCUCGUGUUCGGGAUCAUUAUCGAGCUACUAAAGUGGCCUUCUGGAAGCACCUGGUACCUCACCUGUACAACCUGCAUGACAUGUUUCACUACACAUCCACCACCACACGGGUCCCACCUCUUCUUACCACACACAGCUCUCACAGUGCCACACUGCGCCCAGGGGGCAACAAGGCUCGUACCCCUGGUAAACAGCCUCCCCAGUCCACUGCACGCAGUGGGCCACUGGUCAUUGCCAAUCCACGUGAUUACUCCACAGAGCUGAGCGUCACAAUUGCUGUUGGAGCUUCACUUCUCUUUCUUAAUGUCUUGGCCUUUGCUGCGCUCUACUAUCGCAAGGACAAACGGAGUCGACAAGACACGCCCCCUCAGCCCGCAUCUCAGCGCCAGACCCCGUCCAAUGACCUCAGCUAUACGCCCACCUCCAUCUCAGGUGGUAACCAAGAGGAGGGGUCACUGUGCGACCCGCUCCGUUUGACCCCGGCAUCAUCUCCACGGGAUUACGCUCUCACGCUGCGCCGCUCACCGGAUGACUUCCCACUCAUGACGCCCAGUUCUGACACCAUGACACCAAAUAGCGGCAUUAUGACACCAAACACAGUAACCUUGACGCCCAAUAGUGUUACCAUGACGCCAAACACCAUUACAAUGUCACCCAAUUCUUUGAUGGGGUAUCCCAGCAUGCACCCUUACAACACUUUCACACAUGGAUACAACUCCACCAGCCUGCCCCACCCACACUCCACAACACGUGUAUAACAUGCAACAGAACCUCCACACGCCGACACAAAACACUCACAUCCCACAAAUCUUUACAACACACACAUCACAAUGAGGGAUUACUGUACACCAGAUCAAACCAGUGCAAACUGUUUACCAGUAUUCAAAAUGAUAAUAGCAUGUGAAACCAAUACAUGAGCACAAUCAAUGAAUCAGUACGCCCCAUCAGUAUAAACCAGAAUAAACCAUAUGAACCUGAAGAAAGUGUCACCGCAGCACAUAACAACAGUUUGAACGUACUGCUUCACGUUUGACCAUUGACAAAUUUCACAUUAUAUGAGCAGUUAAGAAGCACCUCUGUGGAAUAAGAUCAACAAAAUGAGCAGAUUACCUGAAGGUGAGCUGUAGUACCGCUGCCACCUCUAGGUGGUGCUGCAAGACUGUAAAAACCCUGCAGGUGGUUUGAUCCGCGAGAACAGUAGGGGUCGCUGGAGUCCCGUCAGUGGUUCAAUCAUGAAUCAACCAAGCACUUACUGAGAUUUGUAAUAAUGAUAACCUGUAAUAACAAACAUAUUAAUGGCUAUUGUACAGUAUAACAUGUAUUAACAUCAAUGUACAGACAGCUUUUUUGAAUGUGUCAGAAAAAAAUAUUUCUAAUCGUUUUUAAGAUCAAAUUAUAUCCAUAGCAAAGAAGGUCAUUUGAAGCUCAGAUUGAUUUCGAAUCCAACACUUUUUCCCCUUACUUUAUAAUCACAAAAGAAAUUACUAUUUUAUACCACACCUCUCUCUCUCUCUCUCUCUCUCUCUCUCUCUCUCUCUCUCUCUCUCUCUUUUUUUCCCCCUUUUCUCUCUGUGUACGGGUACAUCGUGCAUUUUACUUUUGGUAUAAUCUACUCAUUUAGUUGUAGAUUAUGCAAACAGAUCUCAUCGAGUAUUUUAAAGAACUAAGAGUGUCUGAAGAUUAUUCAUAAGCGUGAGAGAUCGAAUGUGUACAAUUUUCAAGUUAAGCAUCUUUAGAUAAUUUGUGUCUUGCUAAAUGUUAUCAUUUUGUGUAAAUGCUUUUCGGUCCUUUUAAAUCUGUAUUGUAUCUGAGUUUGUUCGAUAUUUUUAGUGAAAAUGUUCGAACUCAAUUUGAAAGAUUUUUUUCUGUGUUUAUCAGUAAUAAUAUGACAUCACUCAUACAGUAAUAUGACAUCACUCAUGAUGUGAUAUUACAUCACACACGCUGUGAUAGGACAUACAGGCUUUGCUGAAAACUUACGGUUAAUCUUUUCUUAAAAAAAAAAAAACCUUGCUUGUGGUGAUUUGUAUUGAACACAGGGCUUCUCUAAUGAGGGUCAUUCUAAAAUAUCAUGUUUACUAUGGAGCUGCACAGAGUUUGCACAGGGGAUACAGUAGUGUAGUCAUGGUGUCAGAUCCUGCCAGAUGGUUAGAUUCUCCAUGUUACCAAUGCUAACCACCCCUGCCAUGAUUUUUGUGCCAAAUUUACGAUACAGUUUUCUUGGUAACCAGCAGAAAGUUUGUCUGUUAACGUGUUUGUGUGAAAGUUCAACAGCUUUAUAAAAAAAUAUUUGCAGUAUUUACAACCGUUUGAGUUUAUGUGGACUUUGAAGAGAAAAGACAAUGGCAACUGGAUGCGUGGAGUUGGACAGCAGCAGUGUGUCUCUCCUGGAUGAGGAUGACCUGUGUGCAGCUGUACAACAGCUUACAGAAGUCUGUUCUUUUAUACUCUGUAUAUUUCUGCCUCAAAUUUGCAGUAAAUAUUGGGUUUGCCUAAAA